GACAAAUGCACGAUAUCAAGCCUUACGAGCUGUUUCACUUGAAUUUGCAUGUGUUCCAAAGGCAUCAAAAUGAACAGAGUUAAAUGAGUGUGAAUGAGUCUUCUUUUAUUUGGAAUUCGACAAUACCUAAGUACUUACUUAUGUCCUAUCUCCAAUUUGUUGUACAGUGGAAUAAUAUGUAAUGCGACUCAGAAAUACAAUGUUAGUUUAGCCGGGCUGUCUUUGAUUCAAGAAGGCGUGGAAAACUCCACAAGAGCAUCCCAUGGAAAUAAUCGGUUCUCAUCAUCAACUGCAAGCCGCCAGAUAGACAACCUACCUAGAGACGCGACCACCGUAUCCUCCAAAAUAAUGCACAAAGAAUAUUUCACCACUAACGAUGGAUGCAAAAUCGCCUUUCAGUCUUCCUUACCACUGAAGGAAGUUGCAGGAGUUGCAGCUGAGAAAUGCGUCCUGCUCAUGCAUGGCUUCAGUGGCUCUAGCGAUUACUUCAUCCGCAACUUUACAUCCCUGAGCAAAUCACUCUGGGUCGUUGCCCCGGACAUGCGAGGACAUGGGGACUCCAGUCAAACUCGUGGUGGUUAUCACGUUGCGCGCUUGGCAGCUGAUCUUUCAGGUCUUGUUGCUCAUAUACGCAAGACGGCAUCCGUCAGUAUUGUGCCUGUUGGAUGCUCGAUUGGCGCCGCCGUGCUCUGGACGUACGUGGAGCUCUUUGGUUGCAACGACUUUGCGGGAUUUGUCUUUGUUGAUCAGGCACCUCUACAAGAUCGCUCAGCGUUCGAUGAAUGGGACGAAACCAGGGCACAUACUGGAUGUUAUGACGAGAAGACCAUGCUCGCCGCACAAUACAACUGGAUCAAUGACUCGAAGAAGGCGCAUAUCGAUCUAGCAAUAGGCUGCUUAGGAUAUCGACAUGCCCCAAAGGAGGAAGACGGGAUUUCAGCUGAGCAACAAGCCAAGGAUGAAGCCUUCUUUACAGACAUCAGUGCGAAAUGCGACCAAACAUGGCUAGCACGACUACUGGCAGAUCAUACUCGCUACGAUCACCGAGAAUCCAUCGAAACAAUCACGGUUCCGGUGUUGGUUAUGGCCGGUCGACGAUCAAGCUGCUUCCCACUUGAAGGAAUGCUCGAGAGCGUGAGACGUGUAGAGAAGUCAAGGCCAGGGCUAGCAAGGUCAUCGGUGUUUGACUCUGGACAUUGGCUAUUUUACGAGGAACCAGAGAGAUUCAACAAGGAGAUUGCGGAGUUUGUUAACUCAUGCUAGAUGUCGAUCGGGCCAAGAGCCAGCUGUUUGGUCGGAGUCAAGAAUUGAAAUGAAGACAUAGGUGGUAGCUACGACCUGAAAGAAGAAGAAGAAAAGUACAAUUUGUUGGCUGAUCAACUGCAGUAUAUUGUAAUGAUGAUAUAAUUGGCAAACGGUGCAAAACGACCGUGAAGAAUGGCAUCACUUGGUUCGGUUAUCCAAUCAUUGAAUCUUGUGGUCAGCGUAUAUACCAAGCUUGCCAAC